GCUAGGGCAUGAGGAACACGAGGGACAAGGGGGAUUCGAGCUAGGGCGAGAGGGACACGCGGGCCAGGGGAUGCGCGCUAUGUCGUCAAAACAAAUGAGACCGAUUGGUCCGCCGCCAUUAUUGCUCAUAUAUUCUUCUCGUGAAUGCUUUGGCAUCGCAAUGCGGAUCAUUCUCAGGAGGAGGGAGGAUGGAAGCGAGCCAGUCGUUAUCCAGCUUCUCUCGCCACUGUUGCUGUUGCUGCAUUUCCCCUGGUUCCUUCUUAAGUUGGAAUGGAGACAUUGGAGAUCCCUCUCCAGAAGUCUCCCGGAGUUCCAGCUUGCUGGAAGAAGGGAGCUCUGAUCGGAAGUGGAUCCUUUGGAAACGUCUAUGUUGGCUUUGACAGGUUUCUCUCCUUGGUUUCUUUGGUGAUCCUGUUGAGUCUUCCUCUCUUUUUUUUUUUCUUCUUCAGCUAUAUUGGAAGGUUUUGUGCCAUCAAGGAGGCCAUGAUCUCCUGCAGUGACUACAGGUCUCAAGAAUGUUGCAAACAGCUGAGACAAGAGAUUGCUAUGUUGAGCCGCCUGAGGCAUCCAAACAUCGUCCAGUACUACGGCUCCGAAUCAAUGAAGGAUAGGCUCCAUAUCUACUUGGAGUUUGCAUCAGGUGGCUCCAUCCAAAAGCUCCUCCACGAGUAUGGCGCCUUCGAAGAGCCAGUGAUCAAAAGUUACGCACGGCAAAUCGUGUGUGGCUUAGCGUACCUCCACAGCAAACAAACCGUGCACAGGGAUAUCAAAGGGGCAAACGUCCUCAUUGACUCGGAUGGAAAUGUAAAGCUCGCGGACUUUGGAAUGGCCAAACACGUUACUGCCAAGUCGUUUGCACGCUCGCUAAAAGGCUCUCCAUACUGGAUGGCUCCAGAGAUUUUGAAGAGCCGCUGCAGUGGCUACGAUCUCUCAGUCGAUAUAUGGAGCCUCGGCUGCACGGUGAUCGAAAUGGCACAAGCAAGACCACCAUGGAGUGACUACGAAGCGGUUCCAGUGCUCUACAAACUGGCCACCACUCUGGAAACACCCCGAGUCCCCGACUUCCUCUCGGACCAAGCCAAAGACUUUCUCCGACUCUGCCUCCAGCGAGAUCCUUCUCACAGACCCACCGCUUCUCAGCUCUUCUUCCAUCCCUGGUUUACUGCCAAUCACUUCCAGCAUUCCUACGAGCCUCAGCUUGCUCAAGUCGAAACCGUGGCUUGAAAACUCGAGAAUCGAAAGAUAAGUUAGUCAGCUGUAUGCUACGAUGGAGGAGCCCCACAACUCGGAUCUCCUUCCAUCAUCUCCUACCAUAAGAGAUCAUCAAAGCUAAAUAGAGUUUCUAAGAUGGAGGCUCAGAAACCUGGAGGAACUCCUUGACCAUCUUCUUAUAAGUUA